CUCAUUUUCCGUUUUGUUGGUGUCGGAGUGGGUUGAGUGACGUCUCAAGUGGUAAUUUUUUUUUUCUUUCUCCCAAUUUCUUUUUUGACAGCUCUGUUACGUCUUUUAUUUCUUUCAUCUUUCUCUCUUCCUCCUUUCAUUUUAGAUUACUCUAUAUAAUUUACCAUGGCUCAAGUGGCAACUCCAGCAAAGGCUACUCCCAAAGCUAACACAAGUUUUCAAGAUAAGGAAAAGCCUACAGAAGUACGAUUGAGUAAUAUUAUUGCUGCUAAAGCUGUUGGUGAUGCCAUCCGUACUUCUUUAGGUCCUCGUGGAAUGGAUAAGAUGAUUCAAACUGGUACAGGAGAAGUAGUUAUUACAAACGAUGGGGCUACGAUCUUGAAACAUAUGGCCGUAUUACAUCCUGCUGCAAAGAUGCUUGUUGAUUUAUCUGCUGCACAAGAUGUUGAAGCUGGUGAUGGUACAACUUCAGUGGUUGUUUUAUGUAGUUCUCUACUUUCUGCUGCUGAAAAGAUGCUUAGCAAAGGUAUUCAUCCUACUACUAUUGCUGAAUCUUUCCAACGCGCUGCACAAAAAUCAGUAGAUUUCCUUACUGAAAUGGCUACACCUGUUGAUUUGUCUGAUCGUGAAUCCUUAUUACGUGCUGCUUCUACUUCUCUCAACUCGAAGAUUGUAUCUCAAUAUUCAUCAUUACUUGCACCUAUUGCUGUUGAUGCUGUGUUACGUGUCAUUGAUCCCACUGUCAGUAAUAAUGUCAAUUUGAAUGAUGUUCGUGUGGUCAAGAAGGUUGGUGGAACUAUUGAUGAUACCGAACUUGUGGAUGGAUUGGUUUUAAAUCAAAAUGUGGUCAAAAGUGCUGGUGGUCCUACUCGUAUUGAAAAAGCCAAGAUUGGUUUAGUUCAAUUCCAAUUGUCUGCACCUAAACCUGAUAUGGAAAAUCAAAUCGUUGUCAAUGAUUAUCGACAAAUGGAUAAGAUCUUGAAAGAAGAAAGACAAUACCUUUUGAAUAUGUGCAAGAAGAUUAAAAAAAGUGGAUGCAAUGUAUUAUUGAUUCAAAAAUCGAUUCUUCGUGAUGCUGUCAAUGAACUUUCUUUGCACUUUUUAGCCAAAUUGAAGAUUAUGGUUGUUAAGGAUGUAGAACGUGAUGAAAUUGAAUUCAUUGCCAAGUCUCUUGGAUGUAAACCUGUGGCUGAUGUAGAAUCAUUUACCGAAGAUAAACUUGGUUAUGCUGAUUUGAUUGAAGAAGUGGACUCUGCUGGAGCUCGUGUUGUUAAGGUCACUGGAAUGAAGAAUACUGGUAAAACUGUAUCUGUUUUAUGCCGUGGUGCAAACUCUUUGGUAUUGGAAGAAUCACAUCGUUCUCUCCAUGAUGCUCUCUGUGUAGUACGCUGUCUUGUAAAGAAAAAAUAUUUGAUUGCUGGUGGUGGUGCUCCUGAAAUUGAAGUAUCUCAAAAACUCAUGGAUUAUGCAAAAACUCUUCAUGGUAUGGAACAAUAUUGUUUCCAAGCAUUUGCUGAAGCUCUAGAAGUAAUCCCUACUACAUUAGCCGAAAAUGCUGGUUUGAACCCUAUCUCUAUUGUGACUGAAUUGCGAAACAAACAUGCUUGUGGUGAUAAGACUGCUGGUAUCAAUGUCAAGAAAGGAACUAUCAGUAAUAUCCUCGAAGAAAAUGUUAUUCAACCUUUACUUGUUAGUACCAGUGCUCUUGAGUUGUCUUCUGAAACUGUCAAAAUGAUUUUGAAAAUUGAUGAUUUGGUCCAAAGUCGAUAAAUGAUUUAGUUAGAGGGGGGGAUUUGCCUGGUCUUUUUUUCACUUUUCAGUUUUAGUGUAGUUACCAAUGUUUUGAAAAAUAAAAUAUAUACAUAUAUGACUAUUAGCAUAGGUUACAUUUCCAAAUCAA